UCUGCCUCUCUCUCUCUCUCUCUGGUUCAGCCUUGAUCUUAAUACAUCUGAUUCUCGUUAAAAGCUGCAACCUUUAUCACAUUCAUCAUCGAUUCAUUUUGAUUUCUGGUACAGAAAUAAUUUAGAUCUCUCUGUCUAUCUGUAUCAUCAAAUUCAUGAUUACCAUUUUUAUUUUUCUAUAAAUAUCGAUCUGGUGAUGCUAGUUUCAAUUCAAUUCGAUCCUCAUAAGCUGGAUUCAGACUAUAAUGAGCAGUAAUUCAUAUGGGUCUAUCAAUCCUAAGUCCUUUGUUGCAUACCCAAGUGGAGAGUUUGAUUUAGAAUCUGGGACUAUUAGAAGAACCCGAAAGCAUAGAAAAUCAAAACUAAGUCCCAUCAAAAUGGUUAGGUCUGUUGGCAACCGCAUCAAGUACUAUUGCAAGCUGCACCCCUUGUUGGUUUUCAUGAUCACAUUGUUACUUGGGGUCACAAUUCUUGUACUUUUGCCUCUGUAUGAAAACCGGUUUCAAAUGAACAGCUACCAAAAAUAUGUCAUGGAUUUUGAGAGUUAUCCUUUGCCAAAUCUCAAGAAUCUUGUCAUGGUUGCUGGGCAUUCAGUUUAUACUAGUAGUAGCUGUGAGAAAGUUGAUAAGGAGGAUUCUUGGUUUUUGGAGUCUUAUCAGAAGAAUCCCGGGCAAGCUUCUACAUUUUUGGCCCAUAUACAAGAGGGGAUUGAGACGGCCGCCAAAGACAAUGCAGCUCUGCUUUUGUUCAGUGGUGGGGAAACUCGGAGAGAUGCCGGUCCUCGGAGUGAGGCACAGAGUUACUGGGCGGUUGCUGAGUCAAAAAAAUGGUUUGGCAAAGAAGAUGUGAGACAGCGGGCACUCACAGAAGAGCAUGCAAGGGAUAGCUUUGAGAAUCUUCUCUUCAGUGUGUGCCGAUUUCGAGAGCUUACUGGCAUGUAUCCUCAUAAUAUAACUGUUGUAAGUUAUGAUUUCAAGGAGGAGAGAUUUGCGCAUUUACAUCGGUCUGCAAUUGGCUUUCCUGAAUCAAGGUUCUUCUAUGCUGAUACCCCAGCAAUUUCUACUGCAAAAGAAGCAGCUCAAAACGGAGAGGCAAUGGUGCGCGCACAGUUCCGAGAGGAUCCAUACGGGUGUCGAGGUUCACUUCGCCAUAAGAAACUAGGGCGUGAUCCAUUUCACCGGUCAAUUCCUUAUCCUAAUGGAUGUCCUGAAAUUGAAGGUCUAUUCAGAUAUUGUGGGACUGCUCCUUAUCCAGGGUCCCUGCCUUGGUCUUAUAACUUAUAUUGAUGAACAAAAUCCUACUUACCUUCAUUUAUGAAAUAGGAUAAAUAGAAAAGUAGUCUUGAAUCUCAGAGUAGUGUAGCUUUGUUUUCCCUUCUAAUCAGUCUUGUUCAAUAAAUAUGGUUAUAUAUAGAGAAGAAUGAACAUUUAUUCAGUCCUGUUAAUUAAUUAGUUGUCAGAUUCAUUAAACUUCUAUGUUUGUCACACCAUGUUCUCUUGCAGGAAUACUGAAGUAGCAAACGACAGAUGUAAUUUUAUGAGCAGAGGCCAAAUCCCAUCGGUUUAACUACACAUUGUAUGACAAUAUUGGCUUUUCUCAUAUUAUUCAAUUCUUACAGUCCAAUUGAACUCAGCAGUAUGCUCUAAGUACAUUGAUGUGAUCUUCUCAUCUUGAAAGUAAAAGACCAACUCUAUGAACUUGUUGAUUGAUUAUUUAUUUGUAG